AAAGAGAAGGAAUGAAGUAAGCUCCUUCUGGAUACAGAGAGCCACUAUGUUUGAUUUCUACACGGGUGCAUUUUCACUUACGGUAACUGAGGCUAAAACACUAACAGAGAUUCAGAAGAACAAAAGGUGGUGUUCUGUGAAAUUCAACAUGUCUUCAACUGGGUUGAGCUACAUUCCCCUGGAAGAAAACUAACUCCAUGACCACAAGAGACCAAAGCAGGCCAGUAUUCCUUGUGUGAUCCACUUGUAAUGAGGUCCCCUGACUCAUUUCUGGAUUCUGACUCCAUGCACACCCAUGGGACUCAUAUAAAGUUUCUUGGCAAAUUAACCCAGGAGACAAGAACUAGAAGCAAAACUUCUCCCCUGAGAGACCCUUCCUAAUUAGAGAGUUUUAAGGAGCAACUCUUCGAAAGGCAGAGACAGAGUCAGAGGAGCUCAGUGCGAAUAUCACCUUGUAUUGCAGCCAGAGUCCAGUGAAAUAAUCCAUGUCAUGAUGGGAAUUUCUCCCUGUUGACUUCCUGCCUUGCUCUCAGACACUGCAAUUGAAGAAUGCAGAGAAAGAACUUCACAGAGGUAACAGAGUUUAUUUUCUUGGGGUUUUCCAGAUUCCAUGACCACCGCAUCACUCUCUUUGUGGUUUUUCUCAUCCUGUACACAUUAACCCUGACUGGCAAUGCCAUCAUCGUGACCAUCAUUCGCAUUGACCGCCACCUCCACACCCCCAUGUACUUCUUCUUGAGCAUGUUGGCUACUUCGGAGACGGUGUACACACUGGUCAUCAUUCCACGGAUGCUCGCCAGUCUCAUAACUCCAAACCAGCCAAUCUCCCUACCAGGUUGCACCACCCAAAUGUUCUUCUUUGUUACCUUGGCCAUCAACAACUGCUUCUUGCUGACAGUGAUGGGGUAUGACCGCUACGUGGCCAUCUGCAACCCCCUGAGGUACACCGUCAUCAUGAGCAAGAGGGCAUGUAUCCAGCUGAUGUGUGCAGCCUUUGGCAUAGGCCUGGCCAUGGCAGCCAUCCAGGUGACAUCCAUAUUUACCUUACCCUUUUGCCACAGGGUUGUUGGCCAUUUCUUUUGUGACAUCCUCCCUGUCAUGAAACUCUCCUGUAUCGAUACCACUGUCAAUGAGAUAAUCAAUUUUGUUGUCAGUUUAUUUGUCAUCCUGGUCCCCAUGGGCUUGGUUUUUAUCUCAUAUGUCCUCAUCAUCUCCACUAUUCUCAAGAUUGCUUCAGCAGAGGGCAGGAAAAAGACCUUUGCCACCUGUGCCUCCCACCUCACGGUGGUCAUCAUCCACUAUGGCUGCGCCUCCAUUGCCUACCUCAAGCCCAAGUCAGAUAACUCUGUAGAGCAAGACCUCCUCCUCUCUGUGACCUACACCAUCAUCACUCCUCUGCUAAACCCUGUUGUUUACAGCCUGAGGAACAAGGAGGUCAAGGAUGCACUGCACAGAGCUGUGGGCAGAAACAUUUCUUAACACUUCUAUCCUCUUUUUGAAAAGACAUUUAUCCCUAAUCAAUGUGUGUCUUCACUGUAUUAAAAAGC